GCGGCGGCGGGAGGAUGCGGCUCUUCCUCCUCGCCGCAACUUUCUGCGGAUGGUGCCUGCGGACAGGCUCCGCGCUGCAGAUCCAGUGCUACCAGUGCGAGGAGUUCCAGCUCAACAACGACUGCUCCGCGCCCGAGUUCAUCGUCAACUGUACGGUCAACGUGCAAGACAUGUGUCAGAAGGAAGUCAUGGAGAAAAGUUUCGGAAUCAUGUACCGCAAGUCGUGCGCGUCCUCGGCCGCCUGCCUCAUCGCCUCCGCCGGCUACCAGUCCUUCUGCUCGCCGGGGAAGGUGAACUCUGUCUGCAUCAGCUGCUGCAACACGCCGCUCUGCAACGGGCCCCGGCCCAAGAAGAGAGGGAACGCGGGCGCGACGCCCAGGGCGCGCGUGGCGACCACCGUGCUGCUCCUCGCGCUGCCUCUUGCGUCUUUGCAGCGCUAACCUUGSAGCAGAGCGUGUGCUCUCACCAGAGCGUCUCCUCCUUUCCUCAAAGACACUGCAGCUAUUUUCUAUUUGCUUCCAAAUCCCUAUGAAAAAAGAGGGGGAGUUCGGUGGUUUGGGGAAGAGAGGGGCUGGUGUUUUGGGCAGCUGAUGAAUGCAGUUAGCAGAUUGAAUUUCCAGUGUGCACUGAAAAAUGAGGAGUCCCAACAGCAGCAUACAGAACGCCUGCUUUUUUUUGCAUAUUUGGAAACAAAUCUAGCGGUGAUAAUACUUUUAAGAUGCGGUCAGUUCCCAGUCAUGUUAAUUUCUGUGCUUUUCGGUUCWUUACUGAUCACUGACGUUGCCAAGUCACAUCUCGUGUUCGCACCGGCCGUUGUGYGCCUCGGCGCCGGGCUCCGAGCCGCUCUCCAGCAUCGCUCGCUCCUCGCUGGGCUCCAGCGAGCCAGGRGACGGCUCCCGCUGGCCACAUCCCRCCUUGGAAGCUCUU